UGCCCCACGUUUGUCCCGGAAGUGAAAGCGGAGGACCGAUGUGUGUCAGGGGUGCAGGACUCUGUCGGUAACAUUUGUGUUCAGCGCGGGGUUUCUGCUUUACAAAAUGGACACGUUGAAUAAACUGAAACAGUUUGACGCCUAUCCCAAAACUCUGGAGGAUUUCCGAGUGAAGACGUGGGGAGGAGCGACCGUGACUAUCAUCAGCGGUGUCAUCAUGUUAAUCCUCUUUGUCUCUGAGCUGCAGUACUACCUCACUAAAGAGGUCCAGCCUGAGCUGUACGUCGACACGUCGCGAGGAGACAAACUCAAAAUCAACAUCGACGUCAUUUUCCCUCACAUGCCCUGCGCCUAUCUCAGUAUAGAUGCGAUGGACGUGGCCGGUGAGCAGCAAUUGGAUGUAGAACACAAUCUGUUCAAACAGCGGCUUGAUAAAGACCUGAAACCUGUCACCCUCGAGGCAGAGAAACAUGAACUUGGUAAGGCUGAUGAUGGUGAAGUGUUUGACCCCAGUACACUGGACCCAAACAGAUGUGAGAGCUGCUACGGUGCUGAAACUGAAGACCUCAAAUGCUGUAACACCUGUGAUGAUGUGCGAGAGGCCUACCGGCGGCGAGGCUGGGCGUUUAAAAGUGCGGACACAAUCGAGCAAUGUAAGAGGGAGGGCUUCACACAGAAGAUGCAGGAGCAGAAGAACGAAGGCUGCCAGGUUUAUGGCUUCCUGGAGGUCAACAAGGUGGCAGGAAAUUUCCACUUUGCUCCAGGAAAAAGUUUCCAGCAGUCUCACGUCCACGUGCACGCUGUGGAAAUACACGACCUGCAGAGUUUCGGCUUAGACAACAUAAACAUGACCCAUCUGAUAAAACACCUGUCGUUCGGUAAAGAUUACCCCGGCAUCGUAAACCCCCUGGAUGGGACAGACGUCACAGCGCCGCAAGCGUCGAUGAUGUACCAGUAUUUUGUGAAAAUCGUCCCUACGAUCUAUGUGAAAACGGACGGAGAGGUGGUAAAAACCAACCAGUUCUCGGUCACCAGGCAUGAAAAAGUGGCCAACGGGCUGAUAGGAGACCAGGGGCUGCCGGGCGUCUUUGUGUUAUAUGAGCUGUCGCCCAUGAUGGUUAAAUUCACAGAGAAGCACAGAUCAUUCACACACUUCCUAACAGGAGUUUGUGCCAUUAUCGGAGGUGUAUUUACAGUGGCCGGCCUGAUCGACUCGCUCAUCUACCACUCGGCCCGCGCCAUCCAGAAGAAGAUAGAGCUGGGCAAGGCCUCCUAACGGCGCCCCCCCCGCCGGCCUCCACGGUGCAACACAGACCAAGACACGGACACAGAGACAGAAAGGCAAAAGGAAAAAAAAAAAAGAAGAAGAGAGGCAGACAGGCACAGGGAGAGGUUUGGAAACGGAGGCGAGCAGUUCGUGUCCCCGCCAUCUCUCUCGUCCGUCAGAGCGAGUGAGAGGAAUACAGAGAGAGACAGAGAGGUUUUAAACCAGCCCAGUUUUGGAAUCCUCUGUCUCUUUUUCUUUCUGGAAAACCACUGGAGAGGAUUUCGAGGGGCCUCGUUGAAUUUUUCCUCUCCGCCGUUAAAUUGGACGGUGGCAGGACACAGUCAGAAUCAGACAUCGACAGGAGACUUUGAGACCGAGCUCGACCAGAGAAGAGGACGCCGCAUCAGUUCAGACCCAGCCUCCGGAAGCUUCCUCCUGGAAAAAAGGGAACUUCCUUCCCUCCAUCCUGUUUGCGUCCCGCUGCGGCGCCGGUCGACGCUCGGAUCACUACACCGAAUGUUUGUGAGCGGAUCUGUGGUUGAGCCCUCCAUCCAGAGGAGUCCAGAAGAGAGGCCGGGAGAACUUUUAAAGGAAUAUGCCACCCAAAACUUUUAGGUUUCUUAUCAGCUACUCACCCCGCCUCAGCCCGACUGUUGGAUGAAAUCAAGCCAACUUGCGUUUCUUUAUGCAGAGUCACUGAAAGCCUGAUAGGACAUAGAUCAUUUUUUUUUUUUCAAUUCUUUUUUGUCAUGGACAAAAGAAAGUUAUUUUGUAAUCAAACUUGUUGUGAUCACAACAUGUUUUUUUUUUUUUUUUUUUUUUCGUUGUAAAUUUAAAGGAAAAGUCUGGUAAUAUUCUAUAUUUUUCUUAUUGUCAACAAAUCCAAUGAAAAGAGUAAAACAAACACUGAAUGUAUCCUACUUACAAGUAUGGUCUGUGUGUCCGAAGCCUGAUAUAUUCUGCUCCUCUGUGCCGUGGAGCUCCAUUGUUGUCCUGGUAGCAUUAAAAACCCAUCAGUGAGCCGCACUGUUGCACCGGGAGACGUGUUCCUUCGUUAUCGCGAACACGCACGCUGCCCUUUAUUUUGCCUCCGUCCCGCACACACCAUCCUGCUGCUGGAAGUACCCACCGGAGCACUACAUGUGUGUUAAUCCGCUGCUUAAAAUAGUCCCUAAACAAAUGUCUCUGUCUGCUCCCAUUUUAGGGACAGUGGUUAAAACUGACAGUGGCCAGGCUGCUUUAGGAAACAACUGAGCCCUUUGGAAAAAAAAAAAGAUCAACAGUCAAAACGUGUUGAGAGAUGGACAAACUCAUUUUUUGGUUUUGCUCUUCUCAGCCAAUUUGUUGACAAUAACAAAAAUAUAGAAUACAGCCAGCCCCAUUAGUUUUUUUUUCCACGCGCACUCUUUAUGUCCGUCAGUAAUUUAGUUAAAUUAGUAAAACAUUAAGUAGCAUUUAAUUACAAUCCAGUCCUCCAGAAAAAAGUCCCACGUUCCCACGCCGAGGAGGAUCUGGGAAGAAUGUAACAUCAGUGGUAUGCUAAACGAGUAGCUUGACGCUUGAUGAUACCGCGUUUCUUUGAUGAACUUAGGAGAAACCUCUUCCACUUCUUGAAGCUGAUUAUUCAGGUACUCCAGGCCUCAAGUUGGGAGUAGUUGAUAAAAGACAUUUUGGGUGAUGCGUUCCUUUGAAAGACUGGACCUGCAAAAAAUACUUGAAAAAAAGGCAGAUUUUUUUUCACCUGGCUUGAUUAAAAGGCACAGCUUGCCGGAUUUUUACGUGAUCUAACAUUCUGAUGGCAUAAGUCUGUAGAAAACUGCAUCAGUCCCAUUGGAUGUUGGUGCGGCUUGUGUGUAGCUUCCAGCCUGUUCACCCUGGUAGUCCCCCAGUCAGACCAGGGGGCGCGGGCGCGCAUGUUAGCGCCCGAUGAUGCGAAAGGAAUUGCCACUUUGUCGUGUCCCACGUGAUACAAGCCCGGCCGGUCAACACAGACUUAAACUAACUUCACAUCGACGCACACUCUGCUCGUCCAUACGCGUCCAACUGGUGAUUUUCAAAACUAACUUUAGCCCGGUGUCUGAUGUGCAGUGGGGAGCUUGUUGU